UCCAAUUGGUUUGACUUCGUUUCACACUACUAAAUUACAACAGAUAUAAGAUCUAGUUAUCCGAUUUUCACUUGAUUCUUCUCUUUCACUCUUCCAAGCUUAAGAUUCCUCCUCCUUUGUGUGCUUCGCUCUUCGUUCUUCAACAUCGAAAAUCAUCAUCACAGAGAGAAAUUUUUAUGGGUCGUGAUGAAGUGUCCUGAGAUUGAAGAUUGCCCACGAGAUGAUUCGUCGGUUGCUGGAUCGCUCUGGUGAUGGUGCCGGUGGAGGAGGUGUUUAAACAUGUGGGUUUUGGGUUUGCUGAUCUGGGUCUGUUUGGAUUGAGAGAAAAUCGAGGGGAAAAUAGUUGUGAGGCUACAGAGAAAAUGAUAUCUACGGGUAUAAAUCUGGUGAUGACGGUGAUCGGAUUCGCGGUGAGCACCAUGUUCAUAGUGUUUGUGUGCACACGCCUUGUUUGCGCUCGGAUUCACUUGAAUUCAUCCAGAAGAUCAUUUCCGAUCGCUUCCCGGUCCGAUCUUAGUAUUCUCGAACGAGGUUUACAUGGUCUUGAGCCAGUCGUCGUUGCCACCUUCCCAACAAAGUUGUACAGUGAUGAGUGCUUCUCAGCUUCAGCAGAUACACAAUGCUCGGUUUGCCUGGGAGAAUACCACAGAGAAGAUGUACUACGGAUCCUGCCUUAUUGCGGCCAUUCUUUUCACGUGAACUGCAUCGACAUAUGGCUUCAACAACACUCCACAUGCCCUGUCUGCCGAAUAUCACAGCGCGACUCUUCCGACAGAAAGCGUCUGAUGCAACCUCUGCACAGCCCAGCCACCCGGUCUCCCUAUGGCGCAGACACUCGUUCAUACAGCUACAUCUUGACCCCAAAUGGGUUUCCGUCACGAACUCGUGACAAUCACGGGAUUGACCCAAUACAGGAGGAUCACUGUGCAUCUCUCGGGGACACAGACGAAACCGCUAUUGAUAUGAAUCCCGUCCCCGAGGGAACGCCAAUGACGAAAGGGCAUCUAAAGAAGCAUGUGGAGAGCCCUUCAAACCCUCAGAUUCAGUAACCUUUUUUUUUUUAAAGUACUUUGGAGUUGUAGUUGUGGUGCUGUGUGAUUCUCAUCGCCAUCCUUUGCAUGACAAAGGCCUUGUUUUUGUUCCUUCUUUUUACUUGUCUCUAUCUGUCUAAACUCACAAGUACAUUUAGUUUGGUUGGUUUUCGCUUAGACAGUUGUAAACUUGGAUUGUAGUUCACUUUAUAUCAGAUGAAUGUUAUAUAAUGCCACUGCACUAUGGCAAGGGAUUUUAGUGUAAUGA